AUGGCCUCCGAACAGCCCGUAGAUCAAGCAACGGCACCACCGCCGGCAGCUGCGCCGGCGACUGCACCGGAAGCCGCGCCCGAAGCCACGCCCGAAGCCGCGCCCGAAGCCGCGCCCGAAGCCGCGCCGACCGAGCCACAGCAGACUACUGCGCCGGCUGAGAACGACGCGGGAAUUCUCCCCGCUGAACACUGGGUGCAGGCGGCACACGACGCUGCCAGCGAGGGCGAUGCCGACUCUGCGCUGGGCGAUGACGCCGCCAGCUCUACGGCCUCGAUCGGCUCGACUAUCAUGCAGUACCGGAAGAUCCACGGAAGAACGUUUCAUGCGGAAGUCGGCGAUGCUCAGUACUGGGGAAGCAAUGACGAGAAGCAGAACGAGGCUUGGGAUAUCAAUCAUCAUCUUCUCACCUUGUCAAUGGGCGACAGACUUUAUUUGGCACCGCUUGACAAGAGCAAGGCGAUUCUCGACGUUGGAACAGGAACAGGUAUCUGGGCCAUCGACUUUGCGGACGAGAACCCUGACUGUGAGGUCAUCGGAACCGACAUCUCGCCUAUCCAACCUAGCUGGGUACCCCCUAACUUGAAGUUUGAGAUCGAUGACUGCACUCGCGAGUGGACAUUUGAGCCCGAGUCUUUUGAUUACGUGCACAUCCGUUUCCUCGUCGGAAGCAUUGCGGACUGGCCGGCGUUGUUCAAGGAAGCGUACAGGGCCCUCAAGCCCGGCGGCUACCUCGAGAGCUUCGAGGUUUCGCCUGUUAUCUUGAGCGAUGACGGGACUGUGCCGGAGACCAGCGCUCUGGGCCAGUGGGGCAAGUUCUUCGAGGAGGGCGGCCGUAAGAUGGGCCGGUCUUUCCGAGUCCUCGACGAGGGAAUGCAGCGGAUUGCGAUGGAAGAGGCUGGCUUUGAAAACAUCAACGAGUGGAACAACAAAGCCCCAAUUGGCAACUGGCCCAAGGACCCUGUCAAGAAGGAGAUUGGCGAAUGGGCACAAUUGGCCCUCCUCUCGGACAUCGAGGGCUACGUCUUGUUCAUGGCAAACGUCAUGAGCACAUGGACUCGUGAGGAGAUUCUCGUCUAUGCCGCACAGCUUCGCCGUGAGACCCGAUCCGGCAAGUUUCAUGGCUACUACCGCCAACGAGUGGUUUGGGGACAGAAACCUCUCAAGACCGAUGCGUAG